AUGGCAUCAAUUUUUCCAAGUGGGAUUAGAAAUGGGAUGAAGGGGCUGGAUGCCAACCGAUAUGCUACCAAGAAAACCGUCGCUCAGGGUAUGCUCGACAUCGCCCUAUUGACAUCAAAUGCUUCACAACUCAAAUAUGUACUUCAAGUCGGCCCUAAACACGAAUUUUACAUGCUGUUGGUGGUCCUUAUAUCUAUCUCUAUAGUAUUACAGCUUCUCGUUGGAUUACUAUUCGUAGUGAUCGGCGGGUUGGACCUGAAUGACGACAACGACCAGCCCUCAGCAGUCAUACUUAAUGACGUCAUAGUUAUAUUUAUAUUCGUUAUAUCCGUUACAAAUAUCGUGAUAUCCGCUUUUGGGAUAGAAUAUUCAAACAAUCCGCUGAUACUUGAACGGCUCAAAUAUAUAAAUAACGAAUAUUUAAGGAAAGGAAAUGCGACAUCGAAUUAA